GUAUCGUCCACGUGUUAGUUUGACGGAUCGAUGCACGGCCGAUAGUCAGGACUCUCCUGUUGAUAGAAAGUGGGUUAAAUGUCGGUGUGUUUUGCGGAGUCACGGUCCUGACAGGCUCGGCUGGAUUAUAUAACCACACUCGACUCGUUUAGCUGCUUCUGUCGACUUCCAGCGGCUCUUCGCUGUCAAACUGUCGCCGUUUUCAGGGACGUAAAAUGGGUGAAAAGGAGGAAAAGAGCCCCGAUGGAGUCAAAUAUUACACACUGUCAGAGAUCGAGGAGCAGAACUCGUUCAGAUCAACGUGGAUUAUCAUCAACAACAAAGUCUACGAUGUGACCAAGUUUCUGGAGGAGGUGAGGAGUUCAGUUCAUGUCCACGGAAACUUCAGGAAACACGCGAGUGGAAAUCCUUUUUUCUUUUUCCAGGAAACAAACCAGAGCAGGUUUCAGACCUCAGGCUCAGAAAUAUGUCAACAAACAGAUUUCCUUCAGAGCAGACAGAGACUUUAAAAUAAUACAAGUGGGUUUAAAGAGAGAAAUCUGACCUUUUUGGUUGGACUUAUGUGUAAAAAUAAAAGAAUUAAAAUUAGUCAAAAAAGCAUAAACACUUGUAGCUGCUGUGGCCCCAGACAGGCUCCAGGGGGACCUCUAAAAGUUAAAGUUCCACUAAGGACUUUUUUUCAUUUUAUUACAUGAAUGGAAUUGACUGAAAUUCACAUUGACGCCUUUUUAUGAUGAACAAUAGCAGACAAGACCAUCAGCAUUAAGAUAAGUGUUUUAUGUCUUUUAAUAUUUAAUGUUUGAAACUGGUGCAAGGGGACGGCUGUCCACGGAGCGCCCAAACAUCUCCCUUUAAGUUUCAUAUAUGUCAUUUAGGAUUGGUGAUAGGCUACGUUUCUGCAGAAUGGGACUUUUAGAAAAUAAAUAACAGAAUAUAAGUAUGUAGGACAAGAUAAGCAAAGACUGCUUCAUCCACAGGGGGCGCCACUGAGACCCGAGUAGUUUCUGACAGGAGCUUUAAUCAAACCUAAAACUCCUGUAAGAUGUUUUUAAGUGAAGCUAACACUGUUACCUCUUCAUGAAGGGUGAAAUCACAUGACUAAAUCCACAGGAAAUAUAAUAUUUGUUUUGAUUAUAAUGGUAGAAAGUGAUAACACUGGGGAGACAACAGAUAGGAGGAUUAAAUACACGAUAACCAUUUUUUAAAGAAAACCCAAAUCAUACAGAUACAGGACAAAAUUAGCACAAAGAGUUAGUCCACAGGGGGCGCUAAAAUCAGCUCAAAGCAAAGUCCUUUACUGGAGCUUUUAAAGAUUUUGAGUUUCUGCUGGUUUGUCUAAAGACCAGAGUCAACAUUUAAAAAAUCUGGAAUAUUUUCUGAAUAAUUGAAAGUUCUGAUCUGAUUCACCUGUAAAUCUUAAAUCUUCAGGUUCUUGUGAUUGUUUUUCUCUUUGCAGACAGAUCCUUGUUUAUUAAUAACGCUGAUAUUACUAAGUGAUGAUAAAGCUCCGACCGUUUGAACCGUCUCCUCUGUGAGGCUGCAGACCUUCACAGUGACUCAUUAGUUUUCUUCCAGGGUUACGCUGUACACGGUUCAAGGUGUGGACAGUUUUUAUGACGCCGUUUACCGCAGCGGUCUGAUAGUGUUAGUAAAGAUCAUCAGCACUGAGCUGGUCCAGGGACUGAAAAUACUCCUCUGUUGAUUUUAGAGCAUUUCCUCCAGCUGUUAGAUAUUUGAAGGCCGUGGUUCUUGUAGUUUUAUAGCUCGACAGAGGAAAGGUUCACGGUUCAAUCAGGGACAUGCUGCAGGCCCAGACUUAAGCUGUGGGUCAAGGUAAAUCAUUGGCAGUGCACUCUGACACCGAGUCAGGGAGGGCUGAGUGUUUCAGGGGGUAGAACUUUAUAUACAGUUUAUGACUCCAUAAUCCACCUGAAGGUCCGUUUGACCUGUGUUCAGACCCAGAGAGUGAUGACGGUAAGAAGAAGGAGACUGAGACUGAGACUGAGCAGGUAUCACCCCCCCACCAUCACAACAGAGAGAGACCAACCUCAGCGGGGAACAUGGUGAAGUGGGUUGAACUGAAACUUGUUGACUUAUUGUGUUUUUCACAAACUGGUUUAUUUCCCGUUGAGGCGGACCACUCUCCUCCGUGUCCCUGAGCUGCUGCUUCAGAUCCGUCACUCUGCUGAGCUGUGAGGGAGUUAGUGGAUGAAGAUCGGCAUGAGGUCGCUGUAGCGCCAUCUACAGGAGAAGUCAGGGAACUUUUCAAAUGAAGGAACAUUUUCGAAGUGAAACCGAAUCUUAUUCUCCGCAUUUUAUUUCUGAAAAUAUCGGUGAAAAUCGUCAAGUUAUGGCUGAUUACCGAUUAGUCUCAAACGGGCUAAAAUUGGCCGAUCUAAUUGGCUCGCUGAUAAAUUGGUCGGGCCGUAGUCCAGAGUCCUCUUUAGACAGAAACGUGUCAAAUAUGGCGGCAUGAGUCAAAGCUGAAAAAGUCUAAAGGCUGUUUCUGAAAAACGUCAGUCAGCUGAGACACAUGUGCCGUUGAGUGUGCAUUAAUGAGGACCCGGACCAUGCAGAGUCGGGGGGGGGGGGUCGGACCCGGACCAUGCAGAGUCAGGGGGGGGGUCAGACCCGUCACACACAGACAAUAACAGGGUGAGCCUCAGAUUCCUCUGCUCACAGAGCGUUUCACAGAGCCUCAUUGUUGUCCAGAUGAUUGAAGAACAUCAGAGAGCCUCAGUGCUGGACCGGCCCACAUCCUCCGUCAUUAACACACACACACACACACACACACUGAGUCCUGCUGCCCCACAUACUCACCAGAGCACCAAAUGACGAUUCAUCCACCGCUGAAAAUAGUCCCUACAACAGGGCUGCUGUUUGUUGACCUCUCAGUGUUGAUGGUUGUUGAAUAAAGGUCUGGUAAAGGCUGGUUCUGGUUCUGGUAAAGGCUGGUUCUGGUUCUGGUAAACCGGCUCUGGUUUGGACUCUCACAGUCUGACGGUUUUCGAGGAUCCCUGCAGAUCUGGAGCUGUAGGUCAAAGAAGACGAGGAUCUUUUAAACCUCAAUAAUCCUCAACUCCAUCAGACCUUACUGAUUCACAGUCAGAACUUAUUAUGUAGGAUUCUCCAUAAAGUCCAGAACCAUGACCUGUGCUGGACCUGAGCCGGUGUCAAACCCUCAGAAAUCAUGAAGUGUGCGUUUGUUUUCUCUAUCCCAGCAUCCCGGAGGAGAGGAGGUGCUGAGGGAGCAGGGGGGAGGAGACGCCACAGAGAGCUUCGAGGACGUCGGACACUCCACCGACGCCAGAGAGAUGGCUCAGGACAUGAUCAUCGGAGAGCUGCACCCGGUCAGUGUGUUACUGUGUGUGUGUGUGUGUGUGUGUGUGUGUGUGUGUGUGUGUGUGUGUGUGUGUGUGUGUGUUCAUGUUGAAAAGACUGAUUGUUUGUGUGUUUGUUGGUCUGCAGGACGACAGGGAGAAGAUCGCCAAACCUGUGGUGAGUGAAAACAACUGUAGAAUUAAUGACAACUUCAAGACAUAGAACCAGGGGCAUUAUGGGAAAUGUAGUUCACAUUUCCCAUAAUGUCUGAUGGGUAUGAUUGAUGGAUUUUUCCUGUUGAACCACAAAGAGUCUGAUGAUGUUUUUGAUUUGUGUUCACAGGAAACUCCAGUGACCACUCUGAAUGAUGAGCCCAGGUACACACACACACACACACACACACACACACACACACACACACACACACACACACACACACAUACACACACACACAUGCACACACACACGCACUCACACACAGAGGAACUGAGACUAACUUAAAGACGUAGAGUGUUUGCUAAGUCAGCAGACAGUCAGUUGACCUUUAGUGACCCUGACAGUCCUCCCUGCAGUCUCAUCAGAGGAUCUCUGUCGGUCAGUUUAGGUUAUUAGUCAGUCAGUCAGUCAGUCAGUUAGUUAGUUAGUUUUUUAGUUAGUUAGUUAGUUUUUUAGUUAGUUAGUUAGUUAGUUAGUUAGUCAGUCAGUUAGUUAGUUAGUUAGUUAGUUUUUUAGUUAGUUAGUUAGUUAGUUAGUUAGUUAGUUAGUUGGUGAGUCAGUUUAGUUAGUUAGUUAGUUAGUUAGUUUUUUAGUUAGUUAGUUAGUUUGUUAAUUAGUUAGUUAGUUUUUUAGUUAGUUAGUUAGUUAGUUAGUUAGUUAGUUAGUUUUUUAGUUAGUUUGUUAGUUAUUUAGUUAGUUGUUAGUUAGUUAGUUAGUUAGUUAGUUAGUUAGUUAGUUAGUUAGUUAGUUUUUUAGUUAGUUUGUUAGUUAGUUAGUCAGUUAGUUAGUUAGUUAGUUAGUUAGUUAGUUAGUUAGUUAGUUAGUUAGUUAGUUAGUUUUUUAGUUAGUUAGUUAGUUUUUUAGUUAGUUAGUUAGUUAGUUAGUUAGUUUUUUAGUUAGUUAGUUAGUUAGUUAGUUAGUUUUUUAGUUAGUUAGUUAGUUAGUUAGUUAGUUAGUUAGUUAGUUAGUUAGUUAGUUAGUUAGUUAGUUAGUUAGUUGGUGAGUCAGUUUAGUUAGUUAGUUAGUUAGUUAGUUAGUUAUCUAACUAACCAUUUUCUCUCUCUUGCAGCUGGUGGUCUAAUUGGGUGAUUCCCGCUCUGACAGCCGCCAUCGUCACGCUGCUUUAUCGCAUCUACACCCAAGAGAGCGAGUGACAUCAGAGCAGCAGGUGUGAUGUCAUCAACAGGUGUUCCAGUCAAACAGCCCGGGGUUUGAUGGACAGCUGUACCAACCAAUGGCAGAGCAGAGUGGGAGUGGCAGAGAGGACUGACUGCAGCAGAGGAUUAAAACAACAACAACUCUACACUGCCGCUCUGCUGCCAUCGCACUACAUUACCCAAGAUUCAUUUCAUGCAGUUGAACCAACCAAUCACAUGGCGAUAUAACAAUGAAGUCAAACGGCGACAUGUUGAGAUGUUUUGUAAAAUCGGAGUGAUGAUAAUCUUGUAGAUAUGCAGAGGAUGUUUCAUAAUUCUUUUUAUAUCUGUGUGUCUGAAUGUAAAUGUGUUAAUAUGCAAUCAGCAGCUAUUGGAGCAGCAGUGUCAUGUGACCGUAACCCUGAUUCUGUCCUGAAGUUGACGUAUGAAGUCUGAAUGUCCUGCUCUGACGCUAAAGGUGCUUUUGUAAAUUUCAGUUCUUCCAGUUCUGAUGUUUGAUUUGGAGAUGACUGCUUUGGUUUAAAAAAGCUUUGAUUUCUUCAGACUCUGUGUUUUAUUUUCUCUGUCAGAGGAACAGGAAGUUCAUUUUCUCUGUGAUGGACGUUUGACUGUCUGCUCCUCCUUCUUUUCAUACUGAUGAGAAACAAUGAAACAGUCUCAGACAAAAAAAGUGAAAACAAUUCAAGUCAUUGAAGUCAAACCCCAACUUUUUUGACCUUUGACCUUUUGUAGGAGGAGGCAUGUGACCUCUGGUGCUUAGCUGUUUGGUUGAAGUUUGUUCAAAAGCUGUCCCGUUCACACCAGGCUGAUAAUCAAUCUCUAUAAUUAUUAUAUCAGCAUACGUCUAAAUUAACAUCAUCUGAUAGAGAGCUGCGGAGACCGUACAGAGGCGAUCCAAACUACAUUAGGAAUAGAGGGGUCUGUCUGAUCCGCUGAAUCCAAGAAGGAAGGAGGAAGUUUUUAUUCAGCUCAAAGAGAUUUAUUUUCCUUUUCAAUAAAUCAAACUUUGAAACAUGAAUUUGAUUUUGACUUUCUGAAGGAGAAAAGCUGUAGAGGUCAACAGAAAUAUCAGCCUCUGCCUCCUCACUCUCUGAACCAAGAAAACAGUUCACCGGCAGGCACAGGUGACUCACACUUAGUGACGAGUGAGACAACACAUCCCUGCCUCCACAGAGACGUCUGAAAGUCAUUAAGAGAGUUGAAAUGUAAUGAGUCCUGAUGAACUGUCGUAACGUUUGAGCUCGUUUUAACAGACGCUCCAGAAUCCUGGAGCUCAGCUCUAAGUCUCUGAGCUGAGACACGGUGACCCGGCCUCUCAGACUGAUGAGUCCAGGUCUCUCCUCAGAGCGUGGAUGGUUGAAACAGUUUUAAAGUGAUAUUGUGAAUCACCUGAGUGGGACUCUGCAGUAACAGCCCUCUCCUCUCUUGGUCUGUUCAUUAAACUCACAUCAGUGUUUGACUGACCUGGGUUUAGUCUUUUCACAGCUGGAGGAGUGUGUGUUACAGGUCUGUCUGAUUAAACUGCUCUUCAUGAACCUCAGCAGAGACAGAGUAAACCUGCAGCGCCACCCUGUGGAUACCCAUCAUAACUACUCCUAAUAAUCAAUCAAACUAACAUAGUUAUUAUGAAUAAACUCAAACAAGGUUCAAUAAACUGACUAAAUAAAUCUAAAGUGAACAGAUCCUCUCUGUUUCUGUCAAUAUCAGCCAGUCAUGAGUUUUAAUGACAUCUAAGUUUUAGUAUUUCAGUUUUUUAAACACAUUUUUGUUUUUAACACUGAAGCUAAUGAAAAGGAGGAGGACGCUGCUGGAGGUCAGAAAUAACAAAAAAUGCUGCCAUCUAGUGGUGAGAAGUAUGCAUCAAAAAUAUCAAAUAAAAGCUCAAAGUUUGGACUUCAGUCACCUGAGGAAAAACAGAAAGGGUCUGACUUAAAGAGCCACAAAAAAAUUAGUAAGAUUUUAUAUUAUUUUUUAAAAAUAUCUGGAAAAAGAUUUUUUUCUUGUUGGACUGAAAGAUUUUUUUUCAUCAUAAAUUAACCCUUUCCUAUUUUUGAUAUGAGAUAAGAUCAUAUCCUGUCAGCUGACUGUGGCUUCAGUUUAUGGGCUCUGAACACUGAUCCACGACUUCUUGAACUUAAGGCAGCUCCUUUAUUUUCAACUGGUUUUAGUCGACGGCGUCACAUCACUCCAGUUUUAUCCUCCCUUCACUGACUUCCUGUCAGUUUAAGAAUUGAUUUUGAGAUUUUAUUGAUUACUUUUAAAGCUCCUAACUCAGCUCUCUCCGAACUACAUUUUAGAGUUUUUACUCCCUUCUGAGUAAAACUCUCAGCCUCAGAUCCUCUGGUGAAGUCCUCCUGGUCGUUCCAAAGUCUCUAAACUAAAGCUGAUCGAUCUUUGUCCAUCAGAGCUCCUCGACUUUGGAACGACCUUCAGAGGAGAGAAGGAGAACAGCAGAGACAGACGCUUCUUUAAGUCAAAGUUAAAAACCCACUUUUACAGACUUGAUUUUACGUGAUGAUGUCUUUUAUCUCUUACCUGUCAUCUCUUCUCUCUUUUACCUCUUUUAUCUUAUUUCAGCUUUUCUGCCUUUUAUCUUCUGUUACAUUUGAACUCUUUUCUUAAUUAAUCUUUUUGGCCUGUUAUUGUUUAAUCUCUCGCUCAUUUCUGUUUCUCUAUUUUAUCAUUACUAUUAUUAUCAGUAUUACCUUUUAUCAUUUUAUUAUCUUUGUUGAUUUUGUCUUUUAUAUUUACCAUCUAUUUCCUGCUUUCUACCCCCCUUUUAAUGACAUUUUCUUUUUUCUUCACUAUUUUCAGUUUGUAUUUUGGUCCUCAUGGUCUCAGUUUAUAUGACAUGGUUCCUGUAUUGUCUGGGUUCAUUAUGACAAAUGAAAAUGACCUUUAAUUCUGUUUUAACUGAGCUUUGUGUUUUUAUCUGCCUUUUUCCAUUUUAUGACUACAUGUCAAAGCACUUUGUAAACUUCUGUUUUUAAAAGUGUUUUACAAAUAAAAUUAUUAUUACUAUUA